AUGGCCAAUCCCCAAGAGCCCGACGUGGCGAUGGAAGACGAUUACGAUGAGGAGGCGGACAGCGACUUUCAGGCAGACGCCUUGGACGCCGAAGAACCCAGUUCCUCCGAGGAGGACGAAGAGCAAACCCCUGACGGCGCUCCUCCCAGACCAUACAAGCGCCGAAAAAUUGAGAACGUACCGGACCGCGCAGUCGUCGAGCUAGAUUCGGGAGACGAAGCAACAAUAACAGAACACACACGCUCUCGACGGAGACAGAAGAAAAAAGGAGACGGUGCUACGGGUGAGAGUGAGAAUGAUUCAGAUGGAUGGCGUGCCCGCACCCGGGCCAUGCGGACGAGGGAGAAACAGGAGCACAAGAAAAAUAAACUGGCAUCUCGCACAGGCAGUACCGUUGACGUUGACAAGAUAUGGGAGGAGAUGAACCGACCUGCCCCUCUUCCUCCGCCUCGAAUGGAAGAUGAAACGGCAGCGCAGAAGGCUCCGUCAAACGAUCCGGCCAGUGCGAAGGGAGCCCUAUAUCCUGGUGGAGAUGGCAACGAAGAGAAUGUGCCUUCCACAGAAGCUGAAGAUACAGUCACAAUCAAACGGACAUACAAAUUCGCAGGUGAGGUGCAUGUCGAAGAAAAGACCGUUCCGAGAUCAUCAGCAGAGGCACAGUUAUGGCUGUCUCAGCAACAGCAAUCCAAAUCUGGAACUCCAGGGCCGGGCGGCACAGUCAUUAACAGACCAGUCCGUAAAAUAUCCCGCUUCGAUCCCAAUUUUAGCAACCUUGGGGCUUUUAAGGCCUCUUGGGCUGCCAAAAAUAUACUUGGGACUGGCUUCAAAGGUCCCAAGCUCAAUGUUGUUGAAAAGAGCAAGAUGGACUGGGCUGCACAUGUUGAUACAGAAGGCUUGAAGGAGGAGCUUGACACUCAUGCGAAAGCGAAGGAAGGCUACCUCAACAGAAUGGAUUUCCUGAAGGGUGUAGAGGAACGCAGGGAAGCCGAAGCCCGGGCAGCCAGGCUGAAAGGCCAUUGA